UUUUCUUCUUCUUUUUUCCCUCAGCUCUGCGUGCUUGGUUCCACUUUCCCCAGCAAAAUUUUCCCGAGAAAAUCCCAAUUCCGCCGGGAAAAAAUAAAACAAAAUUAAUAAUCGAAUUACUAAUGGGGAAAAAAUCGGAAGAAGAAGAAGCGCUCCCGGAGCAUCUGCGAUGCAGCCGCACCGACGGGAGGCAAUGGCGGUGCCGGCGGCGAGUGAUGGAAGACCUAAAGCUGUGCGAGAUUCACUAUCUACAAGGUCGGCAUCGGCAGUACAAGGAGAAGGUUCCCGAGUCACUGAAGCUUCAGAGAAAGAGGAAAAACGACGUCGUUGAGAAUAAGAUUAGGGCGAAGAAGAAGCGAAAAGCCAAAGAGGCAUUGGUGGCAAAGAGGAACCAAUUGGAGCUGAUAAGGAUGGUUCUGCAGAGAGAGGUUGAGAAGAAGAAAACGAAGGAAUGGCAGUUGCAAUUGCAUUGUAACAAUGAGAGUGAAGGAGAGUUGAGGAAGGAAUUGCCAAAUGGGGUUAUGGCUAUUGCUCCUGCUUCAAUGCCUAAUGUCAAUGUACCUUCUCAUUCACGUUACUUCAGGUCCAAGAAUGCUUCUGUUGGUACGUUGCAUUUGCAGGUUGUUCCUUAUGGCCGAAACUUGAAGAAGGGUAGACGGAAUAAGUGUCAUUGGUGCCAGAGAAGUGAUUCUUGGAAUCUUAUAAGGUGUUCAUGCUGCCAGAGAGAGUUUUUCUGCAUGGAUUGCAUUAAACAACGGUAUUUUGACACUCAAAAUGAGGUUAAGACGGCAUGUCCAGUUUGUCGAGGAACUUGCACCUGUAAAGAUUGCUUGGCAAGUCAAUACAAGGACAAUGAAAGUAAGGAAUAUUUGGCUGGUAAAAACAGAGGUGAUAGGAUAUUACAUUUUCAUUAUUUGGUCUGUAUGCUCCUUCCUGUACUAAAACAAAUAAAAGAAGAUCAGAAUGCGGAGCUAGAACCAGAAGUGAAAACUAAAGGGAAAAGCAUUUCUGAUAUUCUUGUCAAGCAGGUCGAAUCUGGCUGCAAUGAGAAAAAUUACUGCAUUUACUGCAAAACACCCAUUUUGGAUCUUCAUACAAGCUGCCUUAGUUGUUCCUAUAGUCUUUGCUUAAGUUGUUGUCAAGACUUAAGUCAAGGAAGCGGCUCUGAAGAAAUCAACUCUUCUAUAUCCAAGCUAGAGGAUAAGGCCAUUUCUAAUGGCAAUUUAACUGAUAGCUCAAUAAUACCUGAGUGGACGAGUUGUAAUGGUACUGACAUUGUGUCAUGCUCACCUACAAAGCUUGGUGGUUGUGGUGAUAACCACCUUGAUUUGAAAUGUGUUUUUCCCUUAAGUUGGAUCAAAGAAAUGGAAGUAAAAGCAGAAGAAAUAGUUUGUAGCUAUGACUUUCCUGAAACUUCAGAUAAAAGUUCAAGCUGCUCGCUAUGCAUUGACAAAGAUCAGAAAAUUAACAGAUAUAAGCAAUUACAAGAAGCAGCUAAGAGGGAAGAUUCUAAUGAUAAUUGCUUAUUUUACCCUACAGUUUUGGACCUCAGUAGCGAUCAUUUUGAGCACUUUCAGAAACACUGGGGAAAAGGACAUCCUGUAGUAGUGCGAGAUGUGCUCCAAAGUACACCAAACCUUAGUUGGGAUCCACUUGUCCUGUUCUGUGCUCAUUUUGAGAGGAGCAUGAUGAGAUAUGAGAAUAAUAAGGACUUACUUGAAGCUUGUCUGGAUUGGUUUGAGGUGGAAAUUAACAUUAGCCAGUAUUUUACUGGGUCUCUAAAGUGUCAACCUCAGAAAAAUACUUGGCAUGAGAUGCUGAAAAUAAAAGGGUGGUUGUCUUCUCAGCUAUUCAAAGAACAGUUUCCAGCUCAUUUUGCUGGAGUAAUCGAUGCUCUUCCAAUUCAAGAAUACAUGAAUCCCCUGUCUGGUCUUCUGAAUUUAGCUGCAAAUUUGCCACGGGGGAGUAAAAAUCAUGACAUGGGACCAUAUGUCUUUAUUUCAUAUGGCUGUGCUGAUGAAGAAGCUGAUUCUGUGACCAAUCUCUGUUAUGGCUCAUGUGAUCUGGUUAAUAUUAUGGCACAUACCACAGAGGUCCCUCUCUCAACAGAUCAGCUUGCUAAAGUAACUAAGUUAUUGAAAAAACACAAAUCUCUGUGUCAAAGGAUGUCUUCUAAAACUACUAUUGAGCAUGAAGAAGAUGGGGAGCAAAAUGAAACACGGAGUAUAGUAAGAGAAGGAACUGACUUUUUCAGGAGAAUCAAUAGAACAUCUUACAUCUCUACUGAAGCCAAGACAAUAUCAAAGCGUAGUUUAGACACCAAUAUUUCCAGUGAUGGAGAAUGUUGUUCCAAUUCUGAAACUGAGAAGACACGAAGCUCUUUCCACGCAACAGUUCUAAGCACUGAGAAUUCUUGUGCCCAGUGGGACAUAUUUCGAAGACAGGAUGUGCCAAAGCUCUUGGAAUACCUUAAAAGACACUCUGAUGAAUUCUCUUAUGCCAGUGAAUAUCACGAGAAGAUUGUUCAUCCCAUUCUAGAUCAGAGCUUCUUUCUUGACAAUGCUCACAAGAUGAGACUUAAGGAGGAGUUUAAGAUUGAACCGUGGACUUUUGAGCAACGAGUUGGAGAAGCUGUCAUCAUACCUGCUGGAUGUCCUUAUCAGAUUAGGAACCCUAAGUGUUGUGUUCAUGUGGAAAUGGAAUUUGUGUCCCCUGAGAAUGUUACCGAAUGUAUCCAAUUGAUUGAUCAGGUCCAGCUGCUUCCAAAAGACCAUAAAGCAAAAGUAGAAAAGCUGGAGGUGAAAAAAAUGGCCCUUCAUAGGAUGAGUGCAGCAAUAAAGGAAAUACGUGAGCUUACUUGCAGAACAUGACUGCACAAGCUAAGAUAUAUUCUUAAGAUGCCUCUCAACCUCUCGCGUCUUAGCCUCCAAACCAGUUUCUUCUUUUUGUUUUUGUUUUUGUUUUUUUUUUGUUUUUGUGACAUUUAUACCUUACUGGACGGAAUCUGAAAUAUAAUUAGCUGAUCGAUAUAUAUUUCUCCAAUUGUUUACUUCUAAAACGAAAUUUAAUUAGUGAGAGAAGAAAUUUUUCAUAACCGUUUAUAAG